AUGCCCAGCUUAUUCUCCCGCCUCAAACACAAGGACGGCUCCAAGUCCAAGAAAAAGGGCGCCGACGUGGACUCCUUCGCCGCACAGCUCCCCAAGGGACCCCAAUGGACCGACGCCUGGACUCGCACAACCGUUGAACCCGAAGAGGUGGUCGAGCUGAUCACCCUCUCUACCGAGGAGCUCAAGUCGCGAGCUCUCGAUAUCCCAUUUUUACUGCUCCCCUUCCGACCGACCUCCGACCCCAGCGCCGUUCGCACCUUUGUGCGACACUUUUUCGACAAACAAAAUGGCGGACCAGCGAUCCGCGGAGAGGCACUCCAGCAGGAGCUGCGCAUGACCGAGCCCAUGGUUAUUUCUGGUGUAAUCAAGUGGUGCUGGAGCCGAUUGCAAGGAGGUGUUGUCGGUUGGGAUUCAUACGAAUUGUUCAAGGUCGGCGAACAAGAUUCCAACAUGGCCAGAGACUCUUUCAAGACAUUUAUCCCGUUGAGCGUCGACAAUAGGGCCCGAACCGAAAUCAUCUUCCAAUUCUUCGACUUACUCUCGGCGGUUGCGGCACAUGGUAAAAUGAACGGCUUUGGAGGGCGAAAGCUCUCCCGUAUGGCAGCUUGGUGGGCAUUCGAACACGAUGACGGUGGCCAGGGCUUUGAAGGAGGUUACAAAUCGUGGCUAAAAGCGGCCGAUGCGACGAGCCAUCUGUUCUUCGCCUAUCUUCGUUGUUUAGCCCCCCUUCCGACUCUAGGGGCCAUUUCGACUCUCCCAUUAUCGUUGCAGAAGCUUUUGCAGGAAACCGAAUACCCGCCGCAGCGACCGGCGUUGUUGCAAUCGUCAACCCACAGGGUUGCUAUGAUCGUCGAGACAGUUUCGCCUACGCCAUUUGCACUUCUCCGACGAGCAAACCACUUCCAGUAUCGUGAGGAGGAUCAGGCGCUAAGAGAAUUCUCCGAGUUCGAUGACCCUGUCCAGGCUUUGACUGAGGAGUGUCGCAGAGUCCUUAGAGCGGUCUCUGCCGCCAAUCAAUCCCAGGCCGUUUCGAGCUCAAAGCACUCGACUAGUCUUCGGGAUGCUUCGUGGUCAAGAUUCGAGGACAUGGGCUUUUCAGGCACAAUCGAGGAGGAUUCCACCGACGAUGAAGCUACCUUGGCUGCUAAGCGCGAAAAGGCCAUCAAGGCGCAGGUUGCAGCUAAUGAUGAUCUCGGACGUCCAACAACCCCCUCUUGGGCCGACUUCCUAUCUUCGGGAUUCGAAGACAAGAACCCCAGCUCUCACAAUAUCCUGCUUCCGCCUGACAAGAUUCUCCCGCCCAUUGAGGGAACUGUCCGUCAAAAGAGCUCUCAAUCUCAUAAGCCCCGGUUCGAAGACGCUCUGCAGCCAGGUGAACUUGCCAGCAUUACGAGAUUCGACCUCGAUGACGCUUUCUGGUGGGUAUGGAUGAGCAGUUUGGCUCCUGAGGAGACUCCUGAGAGGAAAGCGGCCUUUGGCCGUUGCGCGGUUAUCGAGACUCUUAUCCGCGCUGGGCGCUGGCUGGUCAUGGAGGAGAUUGUCCGCGGGGCUGCUCCUGAGGUUGUUGAGGGUGCAUAUAUCGCCGAGAAGAAGGGCCUCUUUAGCUGGACUCGCCGUGGCAAGAACCUCAGCAGGAGAAAGUCUACAUCCGGAAAGAACGCACUUGAAAAGCCAGAGGGCAACCUGAAGGCUAGCCACACCACUGGUUCUAUCGGUGUUAGCAAGACGAGCAUCGGCCCGGAUCAGCAGGCCAAGAUCCAGGCCGCUGCCUAUCAACUUCAGAUGCAGGAGAAGCAGAAGUCGCAACCUCAGGUUGCCACAAGACGGGGACGCAAUGAUGCCGAAGUCAUGGCCGAGAAGACCAGCAGUGUCUUUACCCUUCAACCAAGCAUUCUGAACGCCGCAUCGCCAGCUGUCCAGUGGGCCAAUAAGUACGACCAGGACCGUGACGCGAUCCGUGAGGCCUACUUGGCCGACUCGAACGCAGGCCGCGGUGCCAACGACUCUUCCUACACUCCCAGCCAUCGCUACAGCUCGAUGCUAGACAUCUCCCAGAAUGCACCCGAACUGCCACCCAAGUCGGCAGCUCAGAUGGCUGUCCAGUCCCCGAGGUCGGAUUCACAGCCAGAGCACCCCGGAACGCCAAGCACUGUCAACUCUGGAAAGGGUCAGGCCCAGGCGACGGAGAGAGUAGUGGAGAUACCUCAGGAGGUCCAUCCUGCAGAGCGCCAGUCGAAUGCCAGCCGGGAAACCCCGCUCGCUACGCCAACCAGGGAGUCUAAGAGCAUGGACCUGGUCCGCAAGAGCGUCGACUAUAUCCGUGAAACUAUGGCCUCCCCAGAGCCCGUGGAUGACAAGAAGUCUAAGAAGCUUCAGAAGGAGCCCAAGAGUAGUGGAGGUGGUUUCAGAAAGCUCUUUGGCCGUGCUAAGAGGUCGUCAAAGAUUGCUGACAGUACACCUGAUCAACUCAACGCCAUGCUUGCUGCGAACAACGAAAAGGCCCAGACUAGAAAGCCGGUCCCCGUGCAGCCCAAGCCGGCUACCCCUGAGAAGCCUCCCAUGCAGCGUGAGGAAACUCAGUUUGUCACUCCCCGGGAGGAGGCCACUGAUCCUAUGCCUGCCACGCCCGCCACUGAGCCUGUCCAGGCUGAGCCUACCUACGAACAGCCUCUGGAGGAAGUUGAGGAGACUUCCCAGGUUGAUUCCACCGAAGUCACCCCGCCCCAGGAGCACGUCAGCCAGUUCAACCAAGGUCCUCUACUCGACCAACCCGCCUUCAUUCCGGAUGAUUCUGCCUCGGAUGAAACCGGCGAGGAACAGCAAGCUGCUGCCGUCCCGGCCCCCAUGUCCGUUCCUGCCCCUACGCCUGUUCACAUUCAAGAGCAGAAGCCCGCGAGGAGCGAGCGCCCCAUCUCCCAGGUGACCGCCACCGACUCGGUCUCCUCCAUCCCCAACAGCCCUGAGCCUGUCCCUCUCAGCCCCGCUACUUCCAACCCCCAGGACCGCUGGGCUCAGAUCCGCAAGAAUGCCGCUGAGCGUGCUGCCCAAAGGCUGAAGGAGGAGAAGAUUAACGGCAACGGUCAGCCGCUGGAUGGAGCUAAGAGUCUCCAGCCGCCUAGGGCGAGGAUUGAGUUGGAUGGGUACUCGAGUACUGAGGAGACCAUCGAAUCCCGCGUAGCCCGCAUCAAGGCCCGCGUCGCCGAGCUCACCCAGGAGCAGAACGGCGGCGGGCCCCCUCCUCCUCGUCGGAACAUCCCCGUCUACACUCGUCGCUAG